UACUGUUAAGGUUCUUGCACCCAGUUAUUGAGAUAAUCUUUUCCCCUUCUAUUUAUCCUUCACCCUGUCUGCCCUGUUAUUAAGUGUUCUUUACCCUUCCCUCUGUUUUUAAGAUGUUCUUAAUCCCCUGUCAUUAAGUUAAUGGAGGCUCCCUGCAUUCGUUCAGUGGAACCCCUUUGGGCUUUGGAGUUAGGUACUGGGAUAACCUGAUUCUUUGAACGCCGAGGUUUGCGAUAUCUGAUUCCAGUGAAGGAUUAUUUUCUGACACUUCCAUUUUAAACAAAAUAAUCAAGAGUGUUAACUAUGGGCACGUGUUCAUACAUUUUUGGGUGGUUUUCAUUUGCAUUCUGUGUGUUUUGUAUUGGGCAACGUGACCAAAGUGGAUCGGAGUUUUUUUCUCUUCUCGGCAUAUAAAACAGCUAGAUUUUUCUGAGCAAAUCUGCAGUGCAUAUGCAAUAAUCCAGCUGACAAGAUGGUGUUACAAAUUGGUAACUGGGGAAAAGUGCAGUAAAGGAUUGGGAUACAUGACCACUUCACUUAAUGGCAUCGUUUGCCAUGGGGCAGCUUCCAGUGACAUGGUUUGUGUCGACAUUUCACUGUAUUUUCAAGCACCUGUUUAUUAGGAUCUUCUGGCAAUUAGGAUAUUCUGCCAAUUAUCUCCCCUCUGGUACUUCCAUUUCUCUUUACUUAAAAGUAAACUCCUUGCCUUUGAUUGGAAAAGUAUGGAAUCUCUUUGUUGCAAGCAAAAUCUGUACCUACUCUGGGGUCUAUCUACUCAUUGUGUUUUAGUUGUUGUCAACCCUUCCCUAAGGUAUGUUUGAGUUUUGUAUGGAUGUCUCCAAAAUCAAAAUUGGCCCGUGUUUCCACAAUCUUGACAUUCUCUUCUCUGUGAGUUUCUGAAGUAAACAUUAUUAUGCAGCUAUUUCCACAAAACAAAACUGAUUUUUGGUACACCGCUCGACAACUAAAGCACAUUGUCGUCAUUGCAGUUAAAAAAAAACAGCUUAGCUUUAAAUAUUACCUUGUUAAUCAUUUCCAAAGUGGCCAUUUUGUCUGUACUUUAGUGAUUGGUUCAUGUGUUGGUUGGUGCUCAGCCCCAAGUUCUGGGUGGAGCUAUUCUUGUGGGAACCUUACUCCACGCAUGGUCUAUUUUUGGAAUGCCAAGUUGUUAACCAGAUGCUGCAUCUUUUUAUUAUUCUAUCCUGUAUUCAGAAGGAUGCCAGUUGCUCCUGUGUGUUCACUUAAAAAUGUCCCUCGACUUUAAAAAUAAUUUAUGAGGUGAAGAACAGAUGAGACUUGAGCGACCGUACAAAUGCUCUUCAUUGGGUUGAUCCAUAGCAGGUUUACGACCCAGCAAUGUCUUAACCACUGUGUAUUUUUGUGGCCAGUUUUCGGCACUCAUUUGCACAGGACUCAAUGUCCUGACUGACGGGUGAUUUUGAUUUUUUUUCCCCCUUCUAUUCCUGUCAGUGUGUACUAUUGUUACGAGCAGUUUUCACUGGCACUGUAGAAUCUUUGCAUUUGGUACCUUCCUACUUUAAUUUUAACCUCAAUCCACACCGAUGUGCCAGGUGCUCCUUCUGAAUGCAAUGUGAGUAAUGUCAAAUUUUACCCCUGGUUUUGGACCAGUGUUUGCAGUGUUUUAAAACCACUUGGCUAAGUGACUGCGUUUUAAAGAUGGAAGUAUUGAAACUUCUCAACUUCUAAGCUGUAGUAUCACCUUUUGCUUCUCCUGAUCCAUCCAUUGUUGGUGACCAUGAACUUGUGCCGUGAGGCCAAAUAUUUGAUUCGUAUUUAUCAGUGGAAGAAUUGUGCCUGGGCCAAACUCCAACGUAUUCUUGCUGCCACAGAAAUGGGAGCUGCAGUACUUUCUCUCGAUAAAUCUUGCUGCACCACCUUGCUCACAAGUCUUCCUUGAUAAUACGGGAGAUGUAGCUUUGGCUCUGCGUAAAAGUUUUCUUUAUUUAAUUACUCUGCAAGAUAGCACAUCUAUUUUUUUUUUGUGUGGGCUGUAUCCUGGUGUGGAUUUACUGUGGCUUUUCUGGGACCCAGCACUGCCACUGUUAUAGUCCCUGACACUUGGAAAAGUUACCCUGCCCCAAUGAGAGUAUGCAAAGUUAAUUUGGAAACAACCAAAGCAAAUGGGGAUACUCCAGUCAAAUGUGUAUUGGUUUUGCGGGUCGGGGAUUUCUACCAUGGCGACCGCAUGCAGUCCGCUCUGCUUACAAAUUUGGGGAGGUUGUUUUUGUGUUUUUCUUCAAUAGGUGCAGAUGACCCGGAAGGUGCAGAGUUGGACCCGUGUGUGUUUGGUAGUAAAUAUAUUAUAUCACAUCGGCCAAAAAAAAAAAUCGGUAAUCCUCGGCAGACCGAGGCUGCGGAGACCCCUUGGAAGAUUGUUAACAAACGGGUUUAUUUACCCCCGUCGCCUGUAACCGUGUGGCUUGGCAUCUGCUACGCUUUUGAACUUUUUCGGAGGAGUUGAUUUUUUAAUCCCUGGCUUCCUGCAGUUCAACAGAGCGGAAGAUGGACUCUUUCUAGCACCUGCCCGUAGAGUAUUUCUAAGGCCCUUUGUGUACGCAGAUCGCAAAUAUUUCUGCCCAGUGUAUGUGAAGAUGGAGAUGGUCGUUGGCGAUUUAUAACUGACAGAUUCAGUGUUCGUUGGCCUGCAGGAGCAUCUUCACUGGAUGUCUGAGGACAAGCAUCUCUACAGCUGACCACUCACCAGUUUGGAUAAAGUUUGCGGAAGAUUCCAGAAGACAACUUUGCAUCAUCUCCCCUGGAGCCCGCAGAAUAGCAACGUUUGAGACCGUGGAGAAACUAGCGGCGGAAGUCUUUGCUUGGGAGGGAAUUUGUUAAACGUCAAACAUGACGCUGCAAGGAGACGACUGCUACUUUUAUUUUUAUUCUACUUGUGCCAAGGGCGACACUUGUCUGUUCCGUCACUGUGAGGCGGCUCUUGGCAAUGAAACCAUCUGUACUUUAUGGCAAGAAGGGCGAUGCUUCCGCCAAGUCUGCAAGUUUCGCCACAUGGAAAUCGAUAAGAGACGGAAUGAGAUCCCCUGCUACUGGGAGAAGCAACUCACUGGUUGUACAAAGCUGAACUGUGCUUUCCACCACGGUAAGCCACGCUUCAUUGAAGGAGUCUUCAUCCCUGCCACAAAAGGCUUUCUAACCAAACAAGAAGUGGCCGAGACGAUUGAAGAGCCUAUGGCACCUCAGUUGCCCAUCAAUCCAUUACAACAGCCCAAGAUUCCUAUUCAGUCCAAUCCAUCGCCACAGGUUCGGGGUGUCAUGAAAAUGGAGGCAUCUGAGAAUGUGCCAAGCCCCACUCACCCUCCUGUGGUGAUCAACGCGGCAGAUGACGAUGAAGAUGAUGAUGAUCAGUUUUCUGAGGAAGGAGAGGAAAAUAAAAGCACUCAGGCUCCAAUUGCAGAAGAGCAGAACGGUAUCCGCAUCAUAUCGACCAACAGACAGACUUUACCUGUUCAGAAAGAUGACAGUUUGGAUUUUGGAAUAAAAACGCUGGAACAGAUAAAACGGAAGAAAUCCAUGAAAGAUAAAGUGAAGAGAAUAGGUGAACCCACAAUGCAGCCAAUAACACAGAUUCAAAAAUCAGAGCAGAAUUGUGAAAACGUCGUCAUUGAAAAAGAAAAUGUAAGGACAGUCUUCCGGACUGUGACCUUAUCUCCAAAGAAAUUAACUAUGAAUGAAGGAGAACCACCUUUUAAACGCAGUCUUGCAGAAAGACUUGGUCAAAAGAAAAUGAUCCCAAAGGAUAUGACUGAAGAGGUUCCACUUAAAGCUGAGUUUGAACCAACAUUAAAGCGAAAUCUCUCGGAGAGACUCGGCAAAAGAAAGUUACUGGCAGAAGAUGGCCCUGAAGAGCUGAUACCCAAAGUUCAAACUCCUAGAUCUAUACGGGAGAGGCUUGGUCUGCCUGCAGAUAUUUCCUUUGUAGAACAGGAAAGGCAUGUAAAUAAAACAGAAGGCCCGGGAGAAAUCAGGGUGAAAACCUUGGAAGAGAUUCGCCGUGAAAAGGCUGCCAAGAGGGACCUCGGCGAGAGCAAUGGAGAGAUCCGGGUUGGCGUUACUAGUUGUGACACAUCUGUCCAGACGUGCAACUUGCUGGAGGAGGCGUCUAAAAUCAUUAGGACUGUUCAGGUGAAGGCAACAUCAGACGCUCUAGCAAAGAAGCAGGGAAAGAUCCAGGAAGAGCCUGCAAAGGAUAAUCCAGCUACAAAGCAACCUGAAGCUGACCCAAAAAAAGACAAGAGCCCAUCAGUUGCUAAAGUCAAAGUGAAAUGUCACAAGGCAAGCCCUGAUGAAAGUGGAAUGAAGAUGAAGCCGCUGGAACGAGUAAAGAUUAAAACUUUGGAAGAGAUUCGACGUGAGAAGGCACUGCGACGGCAAGACAACCAGGAAGGCUCUGUGGCGUCGCAGCAAACUGAGAAGCCAAAGACCGAGGCUCCGCCUACCAGGAAGAGACUACUGAGAAUCGCCAAGCCUAUAGAAGUUGUCAAGCCAGAGAAGGUGGAUAAAGAACCAAUGGAUAUACAAUCAGUAGACAAUGCUGUCCAAGUAGACUUGGCAGAAUCUCAAAGGCCUGAAACUAGAAAGGAAGCUCCAAGAUUGCUGAAUGUGCAAGUUAAAAGCUUUGAUGAAAUACUGAAGGAAAAACGCCUUCGACAACUCCAGGGAACUGAGAGGCAGCAGUGUCGAACUGCGGGGAAAGAGUCGACUGCAAACAGAACGAACAGCGAGAGUCGGGCUGCGGAGAAGCAUAAACAGCCGGCAGUUUCUCUGGAUCCGAAACCAAAUGACUUUCUUGAACAUGAACAAGUGGCUGUUCAGACGGAAGAAAAGCUGGUUGUUGCCAAACCUGAAGUGGCAGAAAUUCCACUUGCUUUGAAAGUCAAACCCAAAUUAAACGUGAAGCCGUCAAUUGUGAAGAACUCGUGCCCCGUGAGGAUUAGCCAGAAGCGCAAAUCCCCGGACAUCCAUCCGUCCACGGUUAUGGCAGUCAAGCCCCUCAACGCCGUGACUACCGAUCUGGUGAUCCAGCCACCAGCCCCUGAGAAGACCGUCGCGUCUGGGCCACCACCUGUCCAGGAAGAAGAGACAACCUCUAUACAAGUGCCAGAGAAGGGAAGGCUCAAUCUUGUUGAAGACACCAAGCCAACAAGUAGGUUGCAGACUGGAGUAGAAUCUUUCUCUCCACCACGGCUGCCUGCUAAAGUUCGGAGGCUGAGCUCCACUGCAUCCAAGCCUGCAGUAUUGGAAGAUGACUUCGAAGAACUGAUGAAGGAAUUCUCUGAUGAUAAACUUGAAGCGGAAAUAGAUCUGGAUCCUGGGAAGGACGAAGAUGACUUAUUACUCGAGCUGUCCGAGAUGAUCGACAGCUGAAUGGCGUGCUGGAUGUUCUUUUGGACCUGCUCAAAUAGAUUUGGACUUUUCUGGGUAAUAAACAGAAACUAACUUGGACCUGCAUUUUGUAAUCGACAGGCCUGUCUAUUUUUAAAGCUGUAAACGUAUUACUGCACCUGCAUAUUGGGUGUAGACAAAAGUCAGGGCCAUUUUAAACAUGCUGAUACUGCGACCAAAUUAGUUAAGUAUGAACUCUUAACUGCUGGCCACACUUUCUUCUGACCCCCAAAUCCAUAAAGAUAUCAUCCCUGAGUUUUGCUUUCGGUGGUUUAAGGUGUUCCCAGCAAGGCGAUCUUUCUGGAUAUGCUUUUCUGUCUGAAAAAAUCCUUUGUUGAAAGAUCUGUGUCCAAAAGCUGAGGGGGAAAUACAACCGAUGCAAACCUUGUGUCUUUCCUGAGGCCUAAUCCUUUUAACAGUCUAAUCUCACUUGCCAUUGAUAACAAGCUUACGCCGAUUACAUUGAGCAAUGUCGAGGUUAAGACCACCUUGGAAAAGAUGUGAAGCAGCCCAAGUCUUUUUGUUUUAUUCGUACAAAAACAAAAGGAAUUUGUUCAUUUGUUUUCACAAAUCUGUAUCAUUGCAAAAUGGUGUUGGCUUGAGGUCUGUAUCACGUGCAAGCAUCUGACAACACAAAUUAGAAUCUCGAGACCAAGUCAAUUUUGGAGCAGUAUCCGUCUAAUCUCUGUGUCGGACAUGUAUCAUUGCGAUUUGUCUGUACAAUACAUUUUACAGGGACUCCCAAGUUGCACUGGCAGUUUGAGACUUUUAAUUUUUGGUUACCUGAAUUUCUGACAAUGUUUCUGGAUAGUAUAAUAUUUUGUCAUUGUUAGAUGAUUUUUUUUUUUUUUUUUUUACCCUUCACCAUUUCCUCUGUUAUUUUAGCCUUCUGCUGUCAGUCUCAUUAUAUUCCCACGUUCAGUAUGUUUUUUUUGUGAAGUGUGAGAGGUCUUUAGUGCUUGAAGAGAGCGGUUGUGAUGUUGGCAGACCAUUGUGACCCGUGUCUAUGAAGGUGAUUUAUUAGCUAUUUUCACAUUGCGUGGCACAUUGCUCUUGCAGCAAGACGUGGGUGUAACGGCAGUAGGGAGAAACAAAAUACCAGUAUCCCGAAGUUACUUUAAAACAGUACGCAAAUAAUGGCAUAAAAUGCGAUCAGAGGUUUGAAUUGAUUCGGGAAAAGAAGUCCAAUCUUGAAGCCAGAAGCCAGACAGCAUUUAUCGUCAGUGUGGCUAAUUUGUGAAGAGGGACUAGAGAUGCUUGCACAAGCUCCCGAACUCUUAAAAGAUUGUGCAUCAUGUCAGGGAAAGGUCGGGAAAAAGAUUUAGUAUUGCUAGCAUUGAAAUGCCCAACACAGUCCAUGGAAGUAAAAAUGGUGUGUGGUCGCUUUACCCAGUCUACCUGUGACAUGUAGCACACCAUUGAAAGAUGAAUAUCCCCAGGACCCCUGACUUAAACCCCCAGAUAUCUGUUCUCACAGUCCAUUUAUUCAGAUGGAAUAGAUUGCCAAAGUCCACCUGAUUUUUCUGGUCGGUGAUUCCGCUGGUCAGCGUAAAAUUGGAUGGGCGAAAAGAACUAAAGAACAUCAUUGCUCCCAUGGGACUGAUGAAGAGACCCUGCAAGGAAAAAAAUUCAGUCUUGAAAUUGGACGUGUCCAGUGUGGGUUUUAAUCGGAAGAGGAGAAACAUAAAGCAUUGCGUUCUACUUCAGGGAGAAUGGUUCCAAGCUGGUUGUGUUUGUAGUGCCUUAAGUUUUGACGGCUGACUUCAAUGGAGUAUUUCUCCGCGAGCAUCUAUUGAUGUGUGCAACCGGGACAUUGCUGCUCACGAUCUUUGCUCACCAGAAAUAAUUCCGCAACAUGUGAGGAUGCAGCUGCAUGGGGUAGGAGCAGAAGACCCAGAUAAACGUUCUUGGUGCUGCAGAAUUGGGAGCUGGCUCGAGCUAUUCCACCUGAGCAGAGCACUUUUGGGUACCAAACGGUCCAGGGAAAUAAAUGGCCUGGAAGAUCACUCUGCUUGUUUGAUCUUGGUCAGCUUCUUGUACCUCAAUGUGACAAAGCCCUUGUUUUCCUAAUUUGCAGAGGGAAGGGGGGAAAAAAAGCUAUUAAAGCUUUUUUU